UCCUCCCUUCUUCCCCAUCCAUUCUCUCUCUUCUUCAUCGUCCUCUCUUCUUCAUGUGCGCAGGGGAAAGGAGGCGAGGCGACGGGACCAUCCCCCAAACCGACACCACCCCCAGCGCGCCGCCACCGCCGGCAUCUUCAUCUUCCUCCUCGCCGCCGCCGCUGCCGCCGGCAUCUUCGUCUUCCUCCUCCGCCAUCACUGCCUGCAUCUUCGUCUUCCUCCUCGCUCCCACCGCCGCAGCAACCGCGGCAAGCAGGCCGGCGACGACGACGUGGAGAUGGCCGAGGGGAGGAACAACAAGGUCGCCGACGGUGGCGGGUUCGGCAUGGUGCUGCUGGAGAUGCUGACGGGAAUGCGGGCGCUAGACACGGGGAGGCCGGCGCUGCAGCACAGCCUCGUGGAGUGGGCCAAGCCGUACCUGGCGGACCGGCGGAAGCUGGCGUGGCUGGUGGACCCGCGGCUGGAGGGGCAGUACCCGUCCAGGGCGGCGCAGCAGGCGGCCCAGCUCACGCUGCGCUGCCUCUCCGGGGACCCCAGGAGCCGGCCCUCCAUGGCCGAGGUCGUCGCCCAGCGCCCCCCAGUGCUGCCACGCCGUCACCCGCUCCAGCCGACCUCCUCGUCGCUCAGCCGCCGCCCGCUCCAGCCGGCCUCCUCGCCGCUCCGCCGCCCAGGAGCGGGAGAGAGAUAAGAGGGGGAGAGAGGAUAGAGAGAGGGGAUAGAGAGA